AUAUAUUAUUACUACUCCAAUAAAUAUGGUAAUGACGGAAAGAAAGAAAAAAAUUAAAACAUUAUAACAUAACGCGUAUACACGCGUGACUAACAUAUAAAUCACUAUACGCGUUGUUGCAGGCAAUCGUACAAGGAGCCCGAACUACGGUUGGACGACUGCAGGAGACCCACAGUGGCACCGACAGAGAGCCCUUGGCCCAGGCCGGACGGUUGCAAACAACAGUUUGACCGGAUGACCGUGCACCGGGCCAGUUUUCGCGAAUGGCAGGACGUGGACCGGACGCGGCCCGCGGUGCCGGCCGAUCACGAGCUCGUGGGCGGCACCCAAGAACGCAUGCAGAACGUGACGUCGCAGCGACACGACUUCGUGACCAAGUGCCUGCCGGAAGCUCAAAGGCAGCGUGCCACCGGGCCGCCGGAAACCAUUGGCCACAACUGCGGCAGCGGCCCGUGCCCCAUGACCAGCAAGACCACCACGGCGGACGCGUUCGGGUUCACGUGCAAUUCGGACGGACGGCGGCCACUGGCGCGGCCGUCCACCGCCUCCUGGUCGCAGGGCCCGAACUUGCUAAUGGCCAAAGAAACGGAGACCAGUUCGAGUUAUCAGCAGUGGGGCCCGCUGACGAUAAGCCGGCCACAGUCGCUGGCCGCGUACUGCCGGUCGGAAGAGCCUGUCAACGGCCGCACCGUGUACACCGUCAGUUACCGUCCGCCCGGCUCGUUCCGCGACCCGUUGCCGGGCGAACAGCUACCGGCUGAUGGGUACAGGCACAGUAAGUCGGAUAAGGCUGAACCCCACCAACCGUUUUACCCGAGGGCACACGAUUACAAUUUGUAUCCUCAAUAAUACACAAUUAUAAUUAACACAUUUUACAAUUUGUAUCCUCAAAAGUUGUAAUCAUGACAUCAUGUGCUCUUGGGUAAAACGGUUGGUGGGUCUCAGCCUCGUCUGACUUAUUGUACAUGUAUGUUACACCUAUUUUUAGGGAUUAUAUUUUAACUAAAUACAUUAGGGAAUUUUAAAUUCAUACAGUUUGUUGAUAUUUUUGGGAAUCAUAUUAAUAAGGUAUGGGAAAAAGAUUAGAAGAACAAGAUUUAGUGUUUUGCAAAUUAUGCGUCUACAAUCUAUACAUAACACUAAAACCGGAUUCAAAAUGAUCGAUUUUGCGGUUUUCAAUGUAUAGCUGAUAACAAAUGAGUAGUUUUAUGUGUUUAAGUCUGUAGAGUUAUACCAUAUAAUUACUAUAAAAAUAAUAUAUGUUAUUAAGCAUAAGUGAUACUCAUAGGUAUAUAAUUUAUUUUAAGUGUUAGGAUUUGGGAAAAUAAGAAUGAUGACUGAAUCAGUUGAACAUGAAUUCAAAAGAGAUUUUAUGAAACACGCUGCUGACACCUCGGUGGUUUUAAUCCAUCAGCCGAGUGAAUUUAAAGAAAAAUAAUGCACUUUAUUAAUAUCAUUUUUAUCUUAAUCCACAUUUCUUUAUAGCCUCCUGGCUGUUAUUUAUUAUUUACAUAUAUAACAAUUUAUUUAAAUCGAUUUGAUAUUUACAUAUUUUCAGAACACUGAAUAAUAUAUGGGUCCACUGA